AUGAAUGACGUUCGUGCGCACAGUGCUGGAUAUCGCCGCAACCGCGAUCAGCGUACUUGGCGCCAGAGAAGAACCCGUUUCGACCAGAACUGGGCACCAUUAAUACCCCAGCUCGUGCAAGCGUAUCUGCGUUGGAAAUAUGGGCGUACCCCGGGUACGGACGAGUUCGCCAUCCCAGCUGAGCAGUCGGAGUACGACUUCGAUAUCAAGGUGAUUGACAUUUCCGCCAAGAAGCAUGUAGCCCACAUCAAGCGGUCCGGCGAUCAAACAACCGCCAUGGCGCUCGUCCUCCACGGCUAUCUAGGCAGUUCUCCGAUCACCCCAUCCUUCGCCAUCUCCCUCGAUACAUUGGAGCUUUUCCGCUGCAUCAAACUGUUCAAGGCGUCUUUCAGCACGGAGGCGUUCGCAAAGCUCCUCUGCUACCUGUACUAUAUUCCAUACCGCCGUUAUUACCGGACGGCGAUCGCCGACGCUUUUGAUAUCUACCUUACGAUCUUACGCGAAGUCCAGAAGAGCGUGAUGGCGAAGCUUGGACGGGACGGACCUGAUUGGAGGGCUGUGAAUGCAUGUCCGCCGUGCGCGUACAAGCUUGAGGAGGAGGAAUCCACAGUCUUUGAUCGAAUGCUAUGCAUAGACGGGAACAACAGCCUCAAACGACUCGCAACGGCGGAAGGUCGGUCCGCGGGCGACCAACGUCAGUUCAAGAGCGACUACUUCCUCUCGCGCGAUUUUGUCGCGAAGUUCGCGAACGAAGUCAAGGCCCGCCAGCAGCAGAGUAAGCCUGAUUUGAUGGACACCAGCGCUCGCGACGAGAUGGACUCGGAGGAGCUCGAUCACGGCCCGUUCAGCAACAGUGACGAGGGUGAUCCGACCGACGGAACAGCCGCCGACAGCGCUAGCGCUCCGUGUGCUACCAAUUGGAAAGCCGCGGCAUCGGAAUCGAACAAGCGGAUGUGGGGGAUUUUCGAGGAGACAGGUGUCUUCGCGUGCUGUUGUCGCCAUGGAAUCAUGCUUUGGCUAGUUGAUAUGGUGCGGAGCGGCGAGCUUGCGAAAUAUCCCCUCGCCAUCGUUGCGAAGAUCUUGGAUGUGAUCGGGGGCAAGAACGCGGUCGGUUACGACAUCGGCUGCACGUUCGAGAAGACGGUCGAGAACAGCUCCCUCGGAACCGCCUUCGCAGAAUCCGGAUCACGCUUCUGCGUCAACGCCUUCCACGGCUAUUCUCACGCAUACCAUUGUCAGGUGCGCUUCCACCCCAACUGCAUCGAAGGUAUCGGGUUGGAAGACCUCGAGACCCUCGAGCGUGUCUUUGGCGACUCCAACGAGCUCGGCCCCGUUACACGCUACGCGACACCCUACCGCCGCCACGUUCUCAUCGACAUGUUCUUCCAUCAACGCGAUGCGGAGAAGUACGCCAAUCUCGGUUUGAUGAUCUACAAUAAUUAUGUACAAGCGCUCGACAUCAUCCAGGACAAGACCGCGCUGGUCGAGGAGACAAAGGCGGCGCUCGGUUAUACCGACGCCAGCUUACGGGCCUUCAUCAAGGAGGAGUCGACGUACUUUACGACAUGGAAGGAUGAAGAUCCGGCCAACGUACAUCUCAUCGCAUAUGUGGAGGCCCUCCAGGGACUCAGAAAGACUACGUACGUAUCCCGGCGCUUUUACGAUCAAGCCGGGGACCGCGCUCCAGGCACCACGCUCUCGUUCUUGCCGCCUCGCAGCGGACCGACCGACUACACCGCCGACCUCUCCGCCACGCGAAAACUUGAAACACGUCGCCGCUACCUGAGGGAGCGCGUCGAGCAGCUUACUGCAGAGGUCAACGCCAUGGAGGUCAGGCUUGACAUCGCGUCGCGGUGGCAGCCAGGAGAUUCGAACUACCGGGAGGUCAUCAAAUACAUCUCGGAGCGGCGGUAUCAUCGCGCUCUCGGUAAGCUCCAGCGCCUGGUGAUUCAGCGCCUCUUCGAGCUUCACAAGCUGAAUCUUUCACGGACCGGAUACAAGGCGCGCACUCACAUCGCGAAGAGUCUCCAGACGCGAUGCAAGGCCAUUCGUAAUGCGGUGAACGUGUACAACCAGGCUGCGCGCGAGCUCGAUCCACCCCGCGAGACUCUGGACUGGUCGAAGGCGUCGCAUUAUGCCUUCCUCGAGGAGUUCGCCCUGCUUCGGGACACCAGCAAGGACAUCCGCGAGAAGGACUGGGCGAAGCCCGUGGUGCGAGAAACGAUGCGCAUCAUGCAGCGCAUCGACCGCGCUCACGAGGAGCUCCGCAACGCUAACCGCGACAUCCGGCGCCUUCACACAUGGAUUCGCGACGAGGAGGUUCUCUUCGCCGCCGUCCUCGAGGAUCUCGAGAAGCGAGGAGACCCGCUCUUCGGCGCCGCGCAACACUACAUCCGCCAUCGCCGCGCCGCGAACGCGCGCAAUCUCGCAUACAUAGAGCGCACAUACGCGCUUACGGGAUUUACGGGCACCCGGGCACCCGGCGUACAUGCGGGAGCGCCCCUUGUCCCCCCAUCCUACCUAGAGAGCCUCGUAACCACAGAAUCCGCAGCAGUCACACAGGAUGACGCAGAGGCACAGGACCCUAUGGAUGACGAUGAAGUCGGCGGAGAGGUGAAUGCGAUUAUGGAGUAUCUCGCUGAUAUCACACUGUAG